AUGGACACACACGACUACAACUCCCAGAAGCCUCAGCUUCCCAGGAGGUGGUUGCCAUGGAGACAGAAAUCAACAGACCCAGGAGAACCUGGCGAGGUGAGUAAGUGGGAAGGGCGACCGGUCUGUGCGGCUGCUGCGUGUGCAGCUUCAGAAAGGGAAGAGAAAGAAAGUGUGCGCACAAAAGCUCAUCUACACAAACAGGACGUUUUGGUAGAUAUUCUAUCCCUGGCUUAGCUCCCCAAAGAGGCCGGGGUGUGUGUGUGUGGAGGGGGGGAAUGUUACCUUGAAUUCUGUGCGUAAUGCGCACUCUAAACCUCCUCUCCUGGGCUCCCCUUCAACUGCUUUUCCAGUGUCAUUUACAUUUGGCAGCCAGGACAAAGCACUAAAGCAGUGGAGCAGAUCGUUUAAUGGCUGCUCAGUGGAUAGAACAGAUAACUGACUUGAAAUGAAACCACUUCCGAUCUUAACCACCUGGCCAGCAGUAUUUCGUUGGGCCAAGAUUGUGCCAUUGUUUCUAACUCAGCUCCCCAGAGCCCCUGGGUUUACCCUGGAAAGGUAAAUCAUCUGAAAUAAAAAUGAGGUGAAAUAAAGUUAAAUGGGGCAGGUUUCAAAAUGCUGAGUGUUCAGUUGGGAUCUAGGUUUGUAUGAUGGAGAGGAGGUUCAAGCGGGACGCAGUCAUGAAAUCAGAAACCAUUAUGUGACAUUACGGAUGAACUGCCUUUGUGUGUGAGAGAGACACAGAGAGAGAGAGCGCACACUACAUUACCAAUUCUUGGUCAGAUGAUGGUUGUGUGUGCACAAAGCAUUUUCCUUUGCCUGUUACAUACUUUUUAUAUUUUCUGGCAGUAUUUAAACUUUGUUUGUUUGUUUAAAUUCACUCUAAUUUCUAUUAAAUUGUCAAACUUUUAUAUAAUCAAUGUACAUCAAGCAAAUAUCUUGCUGUUGGUUAACUUCUAUUUUGUCAAGACCAUGUUAAUCAAGUAAAUAAAUUCUGCAGCCAUUAAAAUAAACACCACACAUUGCCAGUUCUUUGGCUCAGUUCUGAGCAAUACUAGAUGUCCUCCACCUACCCACGCAAAGCAUUUCAGGGGGCAAUCCAGACGGCCUUCUGUCUUGGUAGGGCUUGGUUGAAGGAACGAACACUGAUAUGUCCUUGCAUUUAUCUGUAUGCAUAAUUCUCAUUCUUUCCCCCAAAACAAGUGGAAGUAAAGGGGAUGUACAAGGUCUUAUUGUCAUUUGGUUAUCUCUGCUGAGCACAAAAACAAAAUCAGAGAGCAGUUUGCCUUGUCAGCCCUUCUCUUCUUUCUCUUCUGCUCAUUACCCAUUUUGUUUACAUUCUUGGAAUUGCCUCUCUAAUAAGAAUAAUUUUUUUGGAGAGAAUGGUGACAGGGGCAGGGGGAUCAGCAUUCACAUAGUUCCAGGGCUGAAAAAGUGCCUUUUCAACUCAGUUUCUAAUUUAGGGCUGAGGAAUUUCCAUUUCACAAUCUGUCCAGGGAUGUUUGGGGAAGGAUAUGGGGAACAUCCCCCUUCUCCCCAAUUGUAGGCCAUGCAUGAUGGAGCCCCUCUGAUCCUGGCCAGCUCAUCAGUGCAAUUCAUGAUGGUUUGAAACAAUUAAAUGGACCAAGGUAAAGCAGAAACUCCAUUGACCUCUGCUGACAACCUUCUCAUGUUGCACUGUAAAGAUGUAUGAAAGCAACCACAGCAGAUGUUCAUAAACGAAUGCACUCUGUUCACAGUGCAAUCAUAUGAAAUCUACUCAGAAGCAAGUCCCAUUAAUUUCAAUUGGGUACAUUCCUAGGUAAGCAGGUAUAGAAUUCCAGCAGAUGUCACCAACUUUUUGGAGCACAUUUGUGGACCAGAGAAACUGUUGUGGACCUCACACACACAAGCACACCCUGUAAUCUCUUCUAUUGGCUACAUCAGAAUGCUUUUUUCCAGCCCAGUUUCAGCAGGAGUGUGUGCCAGAGGACCCAAAGAAGGCCUCUGUGGGAGUAUGUAUGCCACAGCUCACAGGCGGAGGAACAGGGGUGCAGGGGGAGCGCACCGCCCCCGGCGGCACAAUCUCGGUGGGGCACCACACCCCCAAGAUGCGCACCAUGCCCCUGUGGGCGGCGCACCAUUUACCCAGGACGCAUGCCACGCCCCUGCGGGCAGCAUGCUACACCCCAGGACUCACACCAGCCAUGCCCCUGCCUGCUCUCCACCCCACCCCCCGCCGGAGCUCGAAGCUCCACCACUGCCACAGCUGCCACGUUGAUGACCCCUGGUGCAGAACAUGCUGAGCUAGAUGAACCCAUGACAUAGCCCUGGGUAAAGAGAGCAUUCAUCAGGCCAUGCCAGCCUGAAGCUCUGAUGUCCUUCAGUGGGUCUUACACAGGACAUGUCUAAUGGGCUGCACUCAUUGGAUGGAAUCCAAAUGAAGUUGGACUUGUCCAGACAAGUCAGCAAGACUUGUCUAAGGCUAAGUUAAGCCCUGUGGAUUUCACUGCAGUGUUAACCCCAUUGAUCCUCAAUAGGAUUGACUUCUGACUAGACAUGGUUAGGCUUGGACUCUAAAGCAGCACUAAGAACCUCUCGAUCCAGCGUGUUGGCCUGCAGACAUUUUGUAUUAAGUGGCAGAUAAAUAGAAAUAAUAUCGGUAAUAAUGCAAGAGGUAAAUUAUUUUUAAACACUUCCCUUCAUUACUGCCCUAGGUCUUCUAA